AUGCAGCUUAAAGUGGCCGCGGUCUCGCCUGCCAUGGCACAUUCCAUCCCCGCUGUUUGUCGCGGUCUACAAAUACGCUUGCCAACUUUCCCUGUAUCACUGCUUUCCCCCUCCCAUCCUGGCCCUGUCCUACACAUCCGGGCUUCCACUCCUCGCCCUGUCCACGUAUUCGCUCGGAUCUACUGGACCGCUGGAAGUUCUGUCCGACCGUGGCUCCAAUCGGCCGACCGCAACUCGAGCGUCCUCUGUCUCAAGCACCAAGCCAGCCGGAUUCAACCGUGGUUCUCCUCCUGCCAUUGCACCCAACCUGGGAAUCCGACUUCUGUCUUGACGCCCAAGACUCUGUGCGCGCGAUUGGGAGGGUGGGCUGAACUAUCCCCACACUCCUGUGUCGCCUACAAUGGGCACCGGGGCUUGGACAAGGCCGAUACCGCCGCUCUAUGUACCUCCGCGCUCGAAAGGGAUCUCAAAAACGCACAAGUCCGAAACGGUCAGCCCACGCCUCCUCCAUACGAAGAUCAACAUCUCCACGAGUCGUCCUCUUUCGUUCUCGACACGGCGAGCCGACGACGACGUGCACGAGAAUGCCAGAUGGCCGCAGACAGCCUGAGCCCGGAUCUAGACGACUCGCCCCAGCUCGAACGUGCGAAGAGGGCCAAAUUCCUCGAGCGGAACCGGCUGGCGGCGAGCAAAUGUCGACAAAAGAAAAAGGAACAUACCCAACAACUCGAGUCUCGGUAUAAAGAGCAGUCAGAGAAGAAAGAGCAGCUUGUGGGCGAGAUUGCUCGCUUGCGCUCAGAAAUCCUCAAUCUGAAAAACGAGGUGCUCAAGCACGCUCAGUGUGGCGACGAGCCCAUCAAGCUGCACCUGGCUCAGAUGGUGAAGAAGAUCACUGACACCGAUGGCCCGGCUCCCCGUUCUCUUUCCGCUGCCGAUUCCUCUAUCGAGCUGAUGGAUGGUUCCAUUUCACCGGAGGAUACUGCCCUGACGCCGACGCCGACUACAGGGGCGCAGCCGGUGACUUCGGCCCUUUCGUUUGGGUUUGAUGACUCUUUGGAGCCCGCUUCAGCGGCUGUGGCGCAAGCUCUCGAGCAGGAGAUGCGAGAGGAAGAACUUCGUCGGAACUCCAGUGCCUCCAUGCUAUCGGAAUCCUCCUACGCCUUCUCCGCAGAUGAUCCCUUUGAGGACCUCAUCAAUGUCUAA